AUGAAGUUCUCCGUCAUCAUCGCUCUUGCUCUCGUUAACAUCGCCGCGGCAUCCUUCAUCCCCCGCGUUCCGGCUGGCACCCAGUUCAUCACUGGCCCUUGCUCUUCCGACGCCGACUGCGCCUCCUCGUGCUGCGGCUUCAAGUCCGGCAAGUGCGCUGGCCCCGUCAUCGCCCAGGAGCGUGACGGUGGUUGCGGGUUCGGUGACGCCCAGCCCAACGACAUCGCCGCCCAGGCAUUCCGCAACGGCCAGUCCGCUGCCGCCGCCCCUGCCGCCCCCGCCGCUCCUGCCACUGGCACCGGCAGUGGCAAGCCCCCCGGCACCCAGUUCAUCACUGGCGCGUGCGGGUCCGACGCCGACUGCGCCUCCUCGUGCUGUGGCUUCAAGUCCGGCAAGUGCGCGGGCCCCGUCAUCGCCCAGACGCGCGACGGCGGCUGCGGGUUCGGCGACGCCCAGCCCAACGACCGUGCCGCCCAGGCGUUCCGCAACGGCCAGGCCAAGCGUGGGCUCCCCACCUACUAG